AUGCCCGUUAACCUUCAACCUUCUACUGGUACUACCGGUAAUCUCAAGAAAGAGAGAUCAAGAGAAGGCUCAAGAAGGAUGCCGACCAAUUCGCGACCUCCACUAUCGCAUCGAAUACGGGCGUCAUUUGAAGGAAAGAAAUCUCAAGAUUCUACCAGUACUAAGCACGCGAGCUUUUCUGGAGGCAGUCCAACAGAUCCGGAAGUCCUCCGACAGGCAAUUGAUCAAGCUAUCUCUGGAGAUGCCUUCCAGGCUGGACUUGCUUCCCACAUAGCUAAACUGCUCAAGCCUGACAUUAAAACGGCUCUCGAUACGAUUGAACCGAUAGUCAACGCGGUUUUACAACAUGAGAUAUUGUUGAAGAAGACCAAUGCUGGCAUGGACCAUGUCUUAUUGAGCUUGGAGUCAAUGACAGAUCAAGAAGAAGCGGUAGAUUCACCCAAAGCAAGGUUUAGUACUCAUGGCGCUCUGACUUCGCAUCCUAUAUCUGAUGAUCCAAGAUCAGGAGAGUUACCACUGCCCAUGUCACAUACUUCGACUCCUGGUACUAAUACACCACGUUCCUUUUCCAAUCAAAAAACAAGGCCUCUCCCCAGUGGAAGUGUUACACAUACAGCUGGAAAGCUAUCUGAAAUAUCGGAUACCUUAGACUCCAAUAACAAUAAACUAGGGAAAUUAGUGGAUGGAAUUACAAAAAUAAAUAAUUUGUUGAUAUCAGGCGAACGCUUGGAUAGUUUGAAAGAAAGCUUGAAGAAGAAUGACACCAAAACUUCGGUGAUGCAAACGCAAUUGGAUCAAUUGCAGGAAAAUGUCAGGGUGAUCAUUACACGAAUUGGUACGGAUCUGGGAACUAAUGUAAAAGCUAUUAACGACCAAUUGGCUGGAGGAACGCCAGGCUUGAGACAGCGGCCGUGGUUUCUCAUGAUACUGGAGGUGAUACUGAGAUUCUUCAAGCCAUAUCUGCUAAACUGGAGGUCUUGAACGGAAACUUGGAUUCAGGCACCUCGUCAAAUAAUGUCAAUUUGGGAUUAUUGAAAGAACAAAUUACGGCUCUGCAGUCAACACUAAAUCCACAGAAGGAGAUAUUAUUGGAGAUCAAGGAAGCUAAUAACAAUGCCAUGAUUUUGGCAGGGAUACAGAAGUCGAAUGAAUCGCAUGAGGCGCAUACCGCGAUUCUAGGAGAGCUUAAGGAGAGGAAUGUUCAGGCUAUGGAUGUGCCAAAUCAACCAGCUCUCACAUCAGCAGACGCGGAAACAAUCCAAACAAUCUUGACAGAAGUGCAGAAAUCCAAUGAGGCUCACGAGAAGCAUACCGCUGCGCUAGAGAGGAUUAACAACUCCGAAAUAAAUACAGCCAUAUUGGCAGAAGUUCAAAAGUCAAACGACUCACAUCUAGCUCAUGCAUCUGCGUUGGGAACCCUCACGUCUCUGUCUACUAAACCAUCAGAACCAACCGCCUCCAUCGAUCUCGAAGGUCUAGAAAGCAAGAUAGAUAGUCUAAUCGAGACAAGCACAUCAGUCUUAACAGAAGUCCAAAAAUCAAACGAGUCACAUGUUUUCCACGCAGCUGCACUAGAAAACAUAAAAGCCCUACAAGCCCCGCCUCUUAUACCUGCGGGUGAAAAUGUUAUCGAAAUUGUGGAAGAGAACAUGGGAUGUAUCAUUGAAAAGUUGAACAACCAUGCUGCAGUUCUGGAUGAAAUUAAGGCUAAGACGAAGGAUGCUGCUGCGUCGACAACAGUUGCCGUUGAAGCUUUCGAUAGUCAAUUUGGUUCGAUUAGUGGUUUGUUGGAAGCACAAAAGGCCCUUCUAGAGGAGAUUAAAUCGAAGGAUAUCCUAAGUGCCGAUUUCAGCCCAAUUAUCUCGAUUCUGGAAGCUCAUGCUGUGACUUUGGAUCAGAUUAAGUCAAAGAAGGCAGGAGAUAGUACUGAUUUUUGUCCAAUUACUUCUAUAUUGGAAGCUCAUACUGCAACUUUGGAGGAGAUCAGGGCUAAGGAAGCACAUAUCGUUGAUUUGAGUCCAAUCACUUCUACUUUGGAAUCUCAUAGUGCGGUUUUGCAUGAGAUCAAAUUGAAGGACAUUCAAUCUAUCAAUGCCCCAGCGACAAUUGAUAUGGAAGCGUUAAAGACACACUUUAAUUCGGUCACCGGUAUACUGGCAGCGCAUACUACAGCAUUAGAUGACAUCAAGUCCAAAGAUGGUUCAUCUGAAUCUGCUUUGCUUGCAGAUAUUAACAUUAAGGCUCUCGAUAAACACUUUGGUUCUAUUUCUAGCAUGCUAGAAGCACAUACUGCAGCCUUGAACGAAAUCAAAUCAAAGGCUAUUAGACUAGAGGAGCCUAAUACUGCAGCAUUUGAUGGCCAUUUCAACUCCCUGAUAAGUAAGCUAGAGUCACAUACCGUUGCAUUGGACGAGCUCAAAUCGAGAAGUAAUGAUGCAUCCCCGCCGUUAAUGCCCAGAGAAGAUAGCUCAAAAUUUGAAUUCUUCGAACCACAUAUUACGGCUAUCAAGAGUGCUCUGAAUGCUCACAGGAUCGUACUUGAUGAUAUCAAGUCUGAGACCCUUGCCAAAAAUGGUAUGGAUGCGAUGGUGGUGGAUAACAUACUAGAGCCACAUAUCAUGGUUAUCAAGAGCACAUUAAGUGCACAUACAGCCAUUUUGGAGGAGCUCAAAUCCAAUGCUUCUACUUCGGAAAUUGGCAACAGUUCUUUACCAAACAUAUUGAAAUCGCUCACCAGUCACAGGAACUUACUUCAAGAAAUCAAGAACGCAGACGUCAGCGAUGAAAUUUUGACGGCAUUACAUGAAUUGCAAGAAAGUAACUCUACAGCUUUUGAAACUCUUAAAGAGUCGGACGUUAGUGAUGAGAUACUUACCGCAUUGCAUACAUGUAACGACUCUCAAGAAAAGUUGGAUCGAUCAUUAUUGGAACUUCAAACAGUGAUGAAUAAUGCUGCUUCAUCAGAGGAAAAUGGAAAGAAAACGAUCGAAGAGACUGAGAUUCAAGCUCCAAUUGCUGCCGUGGAUUUGAGCGGAUUGGAAACCCAAAUUAAUACGGUUAUCACGACACUUGAGGGCCAGAAUGUGGUUUUGAGGGAGAUUAUGGAUAUUACGAAUUCUGGUAUGGAGGCACAUAGCUCGCAUACUGCGACUUUGGAUGGACUUAGAAACGCAGCUAAUGAUUCCAACGAUUUUCACAUGGCCAAUGCGGCAGUUCUUGGAGAAAUCAAGGGUUUGGCCGGUAUGUCCAACGAAUCUCAUGGCUCCCACUCUGCUACCCUUGGAGUGAUAAGAGAUGCAACAGCUGCUUUGAGUGGCGCACAUUCCGCGCAAAUUACCACUUUAGGUGAACUCCAGGAAGCAAUACACGCAUCUAAUAAAUCCCAGAAGACGCACAGUAACACCCUAGGAGAAAUAAAAGAUGCAGCUGCUAGCUUGAAUGAAGCACAUCUUACCCAUACAACUACCCUUGCUGAGCUAAAAGAAGCAAUAAUUGCCUCGAAUGCAUCUCACACUUCUCACACUGCGGUUUUAGCAGAUCUCAAAUCACAACUGUCUCUGGAUACUGCCGCUGAGCCAAUACCAGCACCAAUCCUCGAUACUAGCGGAUUAGAUGCACAGCUUACGAAUAUUAUCACAACCCUGAGAUCACAAACUGCAGCUUUAGGAGAAAUUAAAGAUGUCCAUACCUCUCACAAAACAACUUUAGAAGAAGUCAAAGACGCAGCAACAGCAUUUAAUGAGUCACACAGUGCCCACGGAGCUCUCUUGAGCGAGAUUAAAGAUGCAACUGUCCAAGUCCAUGGCAUGAACGAGAUCUUAAGUACACAUACAGACUUGUUGGAAGAUCUGAAAGAAGACAGUGGAUUAAGACAUGCAGAAGUAAAAAGCAGUGUUGAGGAAUUGAAGAAAAUAGUCGAGGAGAGUUCAAGUAAGCAUGAAGAGAAUCUUCUGAAACAUGGGGAGUUAAUCAAGGAGCAUGAAGAUCUGGUCAAGGAGAAUCAUGAUGGGUUGAAGGGUACGAUUGCCGGACUUACUUUGGGUGGUAUUGUGGGGGCUGUAGUUAUGAAAGCUGUGGAUGGUGAGGAGGAUAAGGUGGAUAAGGUAUCUGAUGUAGUUGAACAGGUUGAAGAAGCGAAGGGAACUGUAAGUCACGGUUUGGAUUUUUCACUAGAUUUCGAUACUAAUAAAAUCCCACAGACCGAUCAAGAUAUGAUUUCUGAGGAGGGAUCACCUGUUUUAGAAUCGGAAGUACAGGUAAAUCUGACACUUCAUUAUUAAAAGACGUGAAGUUACUGAUGUAAAUCCAAUUUCAGGCGGAUGAAGAGUCUGCUCCUGAACUUACAGAAGAGCAAUUGGAAGCCCCCGUAAGUUUGAGUUUCCUCAUUUUUUCUGUAAAAAAUCUUGCUAACAAUUUAAAAGGUCGAAGGCCAAGUUGUGACGGAAGCAGAAGCACAGCUGGAGCCAGAGAUCAUAGUAAGUAUAAGACCAAUCUUGACAUGAGUUAUUUUGACUGCUUCUUGGAAUAAAACAUUUUACUGAUACGGAACCUAGGUUGAAGAGGAGAGGAUCAUCAAUGCCGACGAAGAUUCAUUGAAUCUGGAAAAAGAUGCAGAGGCUAUUCUAACAGAGCCCGAGGUUGCCGUAAGUUCCCGCUUCUAUGAAGAUUUUACGUCUUUGGUAUAUAUCUGACGUGUCUGACAUCUGCCAGGUUGAGACACAGAAAGGUAAUCUUGUUGCGUACUCUGCACCAGUAGAACAGGAAGCGGAGUCAGAAAUUAUUGUAAGAUAUCGAAAUUUCCAUUCCCCAAAAUAAAAAAAUCCCCAAACUGCGAUUGACUAAUUUAAUUUUAGGUCGAGAAAGGAGAACCGAUUGAAGAGCAGACUCCCAUUCAAUCAGAACCUCCCGUACAGGAGGUAGAAGUCAAAGAGCCAAUCCCAACAGAAGAAUUGGAAUUAGCUGUAGGUUUUCCUACACACAGUUGAUAAUUGGCGCAAACUAACUAUUUGUCAUAGACCACGAACACUCAAGACAUAACACUAGCUCUUGAUACCCCCCAAGCUGAAGAGAAUGUACAUGUCCAGAAACUCCUUCCUGAAGAGAUGCCCAGAUCAAUAGAUUCCGAGGUUUUAGUAGGUUUCAACCAAUUCGAUCAUUUUUGCUCAUGCGCCUAAUUUGAUCUUCUAGUCUGAAACUAGCCCAGAAAUGGGUAUCCGAGUGAUAAACGAAGAAGCAGAUGUUGAGGAAAAUGACGAGACUGGAGAUAUCACAGCAGAUACAAUCGAAGAACCAAGUUCUGCCAAAGAAACGUAAGUCAUGCCAAAUGCUUCACCCAACCCAUAAUGCUAAAACCUCUAAAGUUCUGCUGCGGAAGAACUUGAAGUACAUGAACAAGAGCCAAAGUAAGUGCGCACUAAUCUCUGAAUUCUCAAAACAUAUUUGAUGGCGGUUAACCCGAAGACUUGCAUCGAUAGGCCAGAAAAUGAUAUUGUCACGGAAUUUUCCAAGGAUGAGUUGGAACCUGAAGAAAGAAAUGUUGUUGAGGAGAUACCUGGUGAGAAAGAGAUUAUUGCGGUGGAAGGGUAAGUUCAUCUUCUUGUUUUGUUUUGUUUGUGGAUGGUGAGAUGAGGCGGUGAAAAAGAAAUGUGAAAAAUUGGUAGGGAUAAUGAAAAGAGGACUAAUAGGUAAUAACUAUAGGUCUAAGAAAGAGGGAAAUGGAGAGAGCAAGGGAGAUGAAGAACAAGUAGAGAAUCUUGCAGAUGGUGAUGAUUUGUAAGUUUGAAUUCUUUGCCCACUAUGAGCCAAUUUUGAAUUGUCGAUAAUGAUACUGAGUUGCAGGCCAUUUGAUGAAAUAACAGCCGUUGUUGCGGAGGAAGAUAAGUAAGUUAAUGGUCUUACGUUGAUGUUCUGAUAGGGAAUCUUUAUACGAUAUUGAUAUGGUGAAUAGGUCAAGGGAAGAAGUAACCCUAAGUAGUGAGGCGGAAGAAAUACGUCCUGCCGAUGAAGCUAUUCUAGCUGAGGAAGAAAAGUAAGUUUUACAGCAUCUAUGUCAAUUCCAAAACUGACGGCAUGAAAGCUCCACUGGAAACAUUAUCCCUGAAAAACCAAUAGAAGAUUUUUCGAUAAAAUCGGAGGAGACUCAUCCUUUGGGAACAGAUGAAAAGUCAUCAGAGGAAGCUGAUCUACCGAGCCUGGAAGAUAACCCGGCAGAAAUUCUCGUACCAGAAGUCGCAACAGAAAGUCCUUAUAUCAAUAUGGACGAUGUCGAUACCGAGAUACACGUGGUAGGGUCAGGUGGACAAGAAAAAACUCCUAUUGAAAUGGACACAAAGGUUGUGGAAAAGGAAGAUUGCGAGUCUAGCGAUGGGGAUGCGCCUAGUCAGAUUGCGGAGAACUGUAUUGAGCCAUUGCAGGAAGAAAGCAUAUCAAAGCCCGCAGACGAAGCUGAGAAUUCUGUUAAAGAGUUGAAGGAUCAUGACCAAACUUUUGUUGAAAGCGAAGAACUCCCUAGGAAGCUUGAGAAUAUUAAGGAGGAACUUUCAAGCAAUUCUACCGAAGCUAUCGGGUACUUGAAGGAAACAAGCAUAUCAACAGCAACAGGCGAAACUAAGACACCAAUUGCGGAGUUGAACGACCAAGAUUCCAUUCUCGUUGAAAACGGUGGAGUUUCCGUGGACGCUGAUCCCAUUGAAUCUGUUGCCAAAGAUCUAGGAAUCUCGGAAAAUAGGACCUCAUUGGUCAGGGGCGAAGGUUGGGACUUGGAAACGAAUAGCCAGAACUGUAGUAACGAAUCUGUGCCGGCUGAAAUCACAGAACGUGCCGUCGAACAUCUUGAACAGACUUCUGAUCCAGCCAUCAAAACGGAUAUGCACGUACCAGAGUCAAGUGAUCGAGACCAACUUAUUGUUGAGAAUGAGGAAAAGUCUGCGGAAGCUGCAGAGGUCAGCAAGCCUGAUAUCACAGGACUUGAAAGUUUGGAAGAACAACUGCAGCUGCCAGUCGGGGAGAAGGGAGAUUCUGAAAUUUCAACGAAAGAUGCUAUUCAAGAUUCGGUAGCUGAUGAUGAAUUCCCUUUCAGUACGCCUGAAACGAUUGAAGAGACUCAGAAUGUUGUUGAGGGCGAGGAGCUUCAUCAACUAACCGAAAGACAGGCCGCUGAGGUAUUAAAGGAACUCACUUUUGAGGAAAGAUUUCCGCUCGCCAGAAAAGAUGAAAAUGGCGUCGGAACAGCGCCAGACAAAAUAAUUUCUGAGCCAGAAGUCAAAGAUGAGAAGCUCAUGAAUAUACCGGAAUCUUAUGAUGAAACCCAUUUUGCGACUGACGACAAGGAAGAGCCAACAUCAACAGAAGAAAAGGUUAUCGAGAAAAUCAGUGAAGAUUCGGUCCCUGCUAGGGAACCAAUAUCUCAGCAUGUUAUCAAUGAAGAUUCAGAAGAUGUCAGAGCUCGAGAGGAAAUCGCAGCCUUGAACGCGCAGAUAGCAAAAAUCUUAGCCGAGGAAGCCAAGUCAAAGCACAGUGAACCAAUCGUGGAAGAGACCAAUGAAACUAUAGACAAUAAUGCCCCAGCUGAAACCGAGAUAUUCCCAAGAGAGGAACCAAAUGAAUUGGAGAUUGGAAGUCAUUCCGAGGAGUCCACCAACCUUCCAAAUGUACAGAUACCAGUUGAGACCCAGGAAAUCUUUGAAGAACAUCUUGAGGAUGAAUCAGUGCACAGAGAUGCGACCGAACUAGCAGAGGAGGGAAAGAAACCUGUGGCUAGUGAACAACAUUUAAGCGAAGCUCAUCCUGGAGACAACCUUGAUGAGCUUGCUGCAGCAUCAAUUGAAUUAAAGGAAGAUGGUUCUUUCGAGGAACCCGAGACUGAGAUAGUCGAAAACAAAAUUAUUAUACUUACUGAUGGAGUAGCUCGGCACGGGGAAAGUACGCCAGACAUCGAUGAGAGUACCAGCCAAGCACAAUUUGCGGAGGAUGAAAAUCUGCUUGAAGAAAAGUCUCUUGAGAUUUCUACGGGGCUUGAAGAUAUGAUCCCCAAAAGUCGAAAUCUAGCGAAUGAACCUACUAGCGAGGCUAUGAACGACGAAAAUUCACCUCUUGAAGUUGAAUCUCUGUUUGGCGAAGAGCCACAAGAACUGGAGAGCGAAUCUGUAGCUGCCGCAUUUCCCGCCGAAACUGAAACGAAAGAUCCCCGAAGUGUUAAAUCAGGUGAUGGGGGUGAUUCUUCAGCAAAUAUAAAAGAAAAGGAAAGCUUGUUUGUCCAACUCGAACCGGAAAUUGUGACAGGAGCAGACCUACGGGUGGCACAAUUCGACUCAUUACCUGCAAUAUUCGCGCAAGAGCGCGAAUCAAAUGAUUCUGAACCAGAAAGGGUAUUUGAAAAUAGCCCUGUUCAAGAGGCUAGUAAAGAGGAGCCUAAUUCUAAAAUAAAUCCGGCCAUCGAGCGUGGAAAUGAAGACAUGGAGGAUGCAAUUCCGUUUGUGGAGCAUCUAGAGGUCAUCGAAUCUGAACCGAGUCUUGAAGAGAACUUGAGAGAUACCCCAGUCCAGGAAGACGAAGAGAGUGAAAUCGUUGAUGAAUAUUUCGACAAUACAAAAGAGCCAGAGACUGAAGAGUUAAUCCCAGAAAACAUAUCUGAAUGGUUUGAUAGCAGCAAAAAAUUCAAGGACAACCCAGCUGAAGACAGAGCCCAGAAACUGGAGGAUCUAGCGGAAGUUAAAUCACCUGAGCCCGGUCAUGAAGAAAUAUCAACCUCGAAUAGCGGAAUACAGCAUAACAAUGAGCCAAACCGAGAUGAAAUCGUUUCCGAGAUUUCUUCGAGUGAUCCAGUUCAAGAAGAGUGGAUUGCCUUGGAGGAGAAGAAAUAUUGUGUUCCUUUAUCUCUUCCAGUAAAUGAUAAUAUUCAGACUGAAAUACAUCAGAUCUCUGAGGAUGUUCUUCCAGCUGAAAGUCAAGUCGCUCAAAACAGCUCUGUUCCAAUCGAACACAAAGUUGAUUCCAUAGCUGAUUCAACUUCCAGAGAAUCAUUCAUCACUCCUCAAGAUGAGCGUAUUAUUAAAGAGGGUGUUUCUCUUGAGUCAAAGUCAGUUUUGGGUCACCAGGGAACGACUGCUGAAGAAAACAAUGAUCACUCGCCACAUGAAGAUACUUUUCAUGACAAAUUUGUGAGCAAAUUUCUCCUCGGAAGUGAACCACAAGCACAAUUUAGCAUAGAAAACCUUUCCGGUGCAAAAGGAACUCCUCGGGAAGAAACCAUUCCUCUUGAAAAGGAGGUCUUUUCCAGGAAAGAGAAAACUGUGAUAGAGCCAACACAUGACCAAGCUUUUGAAGACAAUCGAAAUCUUUCAGACGAGGUGCCCGUACUUCUGAAGGAUGAUAAGCGAUUUGAAGAUACCAUGUCCUUUAAUUCUCAAGAUGAUGAGCUUGAAGGGGUUAUGGAGACCUAUAGAAAAGAGGAAGAGUUUCCGAGUCGUGAGGGAUCUUUUACCCCAGGAGCUUUCGCUGCUGAUUACAUCGAUGCCGAGCAAUUGGGACAAGUGUUAGAGCCAGAAAAUGUGGAAACUAAGGCAGGGCAGUACCGAACUCAACAGCCCAACUUCGGCAAUCCUGAACCGAUAUCUGCAUCUAAGCAAAAGUAUUCAAGCUACGAAGAAACUCCUCUUAAUGUACGAAUCUUCUCCGAGUAUCAGAAUGACAAUGGGACAUUAGAGCCGGAGCCAAAGCCACUGCCUUCUGACUUUGACCCAAGGGACGAGCAUUUAGCUCAUGGGCCUAGCUUUAGCAGAUCUGUACCUCAACAAAAGUAUUCAGACUUCGAGGAAACUCCUUUUCCUACGCAAACUUCCUUUAGUCGCCAAUAUAACAGCGAGCGAUCAGUGCCAGAACUAGAGCCGCAAACUACCUACAAGAGCCCACCUUAUCAGCAAGCCAAUUCCUCAGAGCUCUAUGCAUCCCAAGAAACUUACGGUGACAACACCAAACUUGCAAAAGGCCCAUCAGUAACACCAAAAUAUGGGACAAAGCACCACGGGGACAUCCCACCAAUUCCAUCAAAAUCCAUGACAAAGAAUUUUUCCACCGAGGCAUUCCCUACAUACGACGAAUCGCGACGAUCUCCAGUGUCUCACGGGCUCAAUCUUGGCUUACCAGUGAGAACUUCAGAAUACGCUGAAACGAUCCGUGAGAGUGCUAAAAGUGAAAAUGAACGUCCAUACCUUACGCAAAAUGAACCGACACGACCCCCGGGGCCUUCACGACUGCCUAUCUCAAGCCAAAGAUCAGCAGAAACAAUUCGCAAAAAUUCCGAAUUAAAAAAACAGCUCAGUUUUUCCAGAUAUGACUCACCACCAACUUCUUCUAAAUCUCCACAAGGAUUCAGCGCUGGUUUUCCAACAAGAAUUCCAAGUUCCAUUGAAAAACCCCGCGGAAAUUACGAGUUUGAAAACCAAGCCCGUCUUUCCAAACGUGAUGAAGGAAAUCCACAAGAAUCUAAAUCCGGUUUAGGAACUACAGAUCCAGUGGCUAUGGAGUCUCAGUUGGAAAGCAUAGAGUCGGCGAAUAGAAGUAAUCUUGGUAAUUUUCGGAGUCUUAUGAAACAGUUUGAGGGUGGGGAGCGAGAGUUGAGUAUGUCUUCUUCGGGGAUGUUUUUGGGUGGGGGGUUGGGAGGUGAAGAGGGGGAGGAGGAGGAGGAGGAAUAGGUUGGGGAAGAGGAGCGGAGGAGCGGAGGAGCGGAGGGAAUACUGGGUAGGUUUGAGAAGUUGGAUGGAGCGGAAUGGAGUGUGGGGAAGAAGGGUACGAGGAUGUGA